AUGAAGGGCGAUGCACCAUGGGCGUUAGGUGUUAUGUGGACAUUGACAUUCAUCACUCUCGUCUUCGUGAUCCUUAGAGUCUACACGCGUGUCGUCAUUGUCAAAACCUCUGGUGUCGACGACUUUGUGUACAACUUUGCCUUCAUUCUCUUACUCUUAUACACAGUUUUCAUACAUUUGUCGGCAAACUAUGGCUUCGGCCAGAACAUGUUCGAGAUUGAAGACGUUGAGGAUGCGGUUCGGGCAGUACUGCUCGAGGUAAUCGGGCAAACAUUUGCCAUUAUUGGUAUGGCAGUCGCGAAGUGUUCUCUUGGUCUUUUUCUCCUGCGCCUUGUCAGCGUCAACAUGAUAUGGCACAGGAUGGCAAUCUGGGCUACCAUGGCAGGCCUUAUGUUGACUUCCAUCUCGGUCGUCUUCGUCUAUUGGCUGCAAUGUACUCCACCCGCGUACCUCUGGGAUCACCGAAUUCGGGGGGGCUUCUGCCACAUCAAUUCCGUCCCGGCUGCUUUCACACUUUCCAUUUUCUGCAUCAUUGUCGACUUCUUCUUCGCUAUUUUCCCCUGGGUAUUACUCUGGAACCUUAACAUGAAUAAGAGGGAAAAGGUUAUUAUUGCCGGCAGUAUGAGUCUUGGUGUCUUUGCCGGCGCCUGUGGUAUCAAGAGGACAAUGGAGUUACCCAACCUGACCGAGCAGAAUUACCUUAAGGACACCGUCCGCGCGAUCGUUUGGUCUGCCGCCGAGAUCGUCGUAACAAUGCUCGGCUUUACCGGUCCUCCUACCAAAGCAUGGCAGUACACAGGCCCGACGGGCGACAACUCGAAUGACGAGAUCCGAGGUGCUGAGUUCAGCCAUAGCCAGGCGCCACCCGAUAUCCGCACGAGCAGCUAUACGGCAGGACAACCUGUUGGGGUGAGGAUAGAAAUGAGGCAAGGCUCACGGGGAGAGUGA